CUUCUGUGUGGAAACCAAGAAAGUGGUCGCUUCCGGAAAGAAAAUGCAUGGAAGAAUCAAAGUGAAAACAACUGCGGAACAACAGGAGGCCAAAAGGAAGGAAAGAGAAAAAAAGUUGAAACUCUAUAAUGCUGGAACAGAAGCUGUGUUCCUUAAGAGGAGAAAUAAGGAAUUCGAUGAGGAGGGUUUGAAAAUUUCUGGAGAAAUUCUUGGUGUCAAUCCCGAUAUAUAUAGUUUCUGGAAUUUUAGAAGAGAAAUCUUCAUCCAUCUCAGAGACAAAAGAAACGAGGCAGAACUACAGAAGCUGUUUGAAGACGAGCUCCAUUUCUUGGAGGCAUGUCUAAAAGUGAACCCCAAAUCUUACGGGACAUGGCAUCAUCGAUGUUUUGUCAUGGAUGCCAUUCCAGAACCGGAUUGGGUGAGAGAACUACAGCUGUGCAAUGCUUUCCUCAACCUGGAUGAGAGAAACUUUCACUGCUGGGACUACAGACGUCAUGUUGUGUUAUGCUCAAAUGUUAACCUUGAAGAAGAAUUACAAUAUACUACGCAAAAAAUCCAAUCCAAUUUUUCCAACUAUUCUUCAUGGCAUUAUCGGAGUAAACUGCUGCCUGUGAUACACCCUGACUCUAAUCAUCCAGUGGCUGUACAGGAGGAUGUACUGCUGAAAGAAUUUGAAGUUGUACAGAAUGCUGUGUUCACAGAUCCAGAUGACCAGAGUGCCUGGUUUUACCAGAGGUGGCUGUUGGGUAGAGGUAAGAAGAAGCUACAAAUAUGCUGUGUUCACAUAUCUAGGGAUCUCCAGAGGAUAGUUGUUCUGCUGUCACAACCAGUUAUGAUGGGUCAAGGUCACUGCCUCACUGUCAGUAUUGACAGCACACCAGUUACAGGGAAAUGGAGGACAAUCACUGGUUCUGGAAUGUAUUCCACACUAUGGGUGCUUGACCUACCUGACCAGUGUUUGCCAGUGGACACACAGGCCGCAGUGGCGGUCACCUUAUUGGAUGACCGCUACUGUACCAAAUUCUCAGAGGGCUUGCACCUGAUGCCAAACCAGAAGGAAACCUGGGCAGUAGCAGAAUUCAAACAAGGAACUCGGUUUAGUACAGAACUAAGUGCAGCUGCUUCCUCCACCAUGGUGCUGGAGCUGGAUAGCAUCCGUGAACUUCACUCCGUGGAGCCCGACAACAAAUGGGUCAUGCUGACGAUGGUCCACUUGAUGAAGGCCACGGACCCAGAACACACGAAAUAUGCGGCUGAGCUGGAGGAGAGUUUUAACAAACUCGUGGCAGUGGAUACUAUGAGGAAAUCUUACUACAGAGAUUUGAGGAGCAAAUUCAUUAUUGAGAGUGUUUUGGAGUCGCAUGAUUCCAAGGUGCGUGAUCUGAAAUUGUGCCAACAAGGACUCACUUGUCUCUACCACACUGAUUGGAUGGUUCUGGUGACCUCGCUUGACCUUUCCCAGAAUUACCUCAAAUCUGUAAAAGGCUUGUCAGAUCUACAAUGUCUGCAAAGUCUAAACCUGGACAAUAAUCAGCUGGCAGAUUUACAAGGACUAGCAUUUUGCAGGAGACUUACAGACCUGUCUGUCAAGAAUAACUUAAUAUGUCGUGUUGAAGUCUUUGAAGAACUAAGAACGUGUGUCUAUCUGAAGAAGUUGUCUGUAACGGGAAAUUCAGUAUGUGCCAUUGAAGAUUAUGUAACAAAAAUAUGUGCUCUCAACAAAACUCUCCAGUGUGUUGAUGAACAGUCCUCCUCAUGAUGAACAUGUAACAAAGACUGUGAUUGUUGCUGGUGUCAUUUGUAUGAAAUGAUGUACUUAAGUGAUGUUUGAUUAUUACUAUGGCUUUCACAUGUACCAAAAUCAUAAACAGGUACCCAGCAAAUGAAACUCAAUCUACAUAUUUUAAAAAGUUUUAAAAUAUAGAACUAUUUAACAUUAACUUAUUUUCUUUGUAAUACGAUGGACAAGUAACAUGAACUGAUCAAAGUAACAAUUUCCAAAUAAAAUAUUAUUUAACAUAUAUAAUUAACACUAAUUUAUUUACUUUGUUAUACACAAAUAAAUAUGACCAAAUUUCGCUUAGCGUUGCCACUGAUUAAGUGCACUGUUGACUGCAUUGGCAUUCAUAGGCUUCAUUUUAAUUUUAGAAGUACCUGGUAUUGUGUUAUAUUUACCAUUGUUAUAAUAAGCCAGAACAUAUAACCAUAUAUUAUGUCGAGUCUGAGACCUUUAAGGAGUGGUUUCAGGUUAACUUUUGGUUCUUGUCUGAAACUGUAACAGGAGAAAAUCUUGAAUUCUUUCAAAUUCAGUGAACCUACAUGAUAUUUGUAAAGUAAUUAUGUAGACUGAUUUGUAGUCUAUUAUGUCUGGAACUCUCCUAAUACAUCAUUUGAAGCACUUACUUGCACACAUUCUUACAGUAAAUUUUUUAGGACAAAGACCAACUGGUAUCCAGGUGCAGUACAUAUCAGAUUUAAAAUCAAAAUGUGAUUACGCUAUGCUCACAGAAUCCAACAGAUUCAGCUGAUGCCAACAUGCUAAACAUCACUAAUACACUGACAUAUUGUUAGCUGUUGACAUUAAGGGCCUUCAUCAGUAUGACAACACAUUGUUGUACAUAAAUAUUAAAAAGAAAACUAUGAAGGGAGAUAACUCCGAAGUUAUGUCUUUGCACAGUGCCUGUCGUCUGUUAACUUUACUUUUGAAUUGUUGCUAGUCAUGAUUGACUGAAUGGAUUUUGACCAUUUAGUCAGAAACAUCCUUGGUGGAAGGGAAACAAAUUUUGCAUGAAGAAUGACUCUUCACACAUGAGGCAGGAAGGUGGGGCCCAAUAGGGGAACCAGUUGUCAUUUAUUUAAAAAGCUACUAACCAGGUGAACAAUGCAGGCCCCUUGGACCUCAAAUUUUAGAAUUGAGACCUGAAUGUCAAAUUGGUUGAAGUUACUGCUUUUCAAGCCACUGCUUCCUUUUCAUCUUUUCACAACUUAAUCUACAGCAUAAACAAUUGAAGUGCUACAUUCCUGUUGUCAUUAAUUAUUUAUUAAUUGAAUUACAAUAUAUUGUAAAAUCUCAUAUAUAUAAUCGUCAUGCUAAUCUUUACAAUGAUGAUGAAGGCAUUGUAUAACUUGUAAUAAAGACUGUCAUAAUCAUUACA